AUAAAACAAAAGUGAAGCUACUCUGACCAGGAGCAUGCAGAUAGGCUUUGCUCUGUAUUUGUUUAUGUUGAUACCUACUUAGCUGGGGUUAGUUGCACUGCAGGCCAUGACUGAGGCUGAGUCUGGGAUGCUGUCAGAUAAGGGGAUAGGCCACACCCUGAAAUGCUUGGAGACAAAAACCUCCACUCCCCCUCACACCCUGCGUAGAGCUGUUCCUGGCCUCCAAAGCCUCCUUACGCUUCCCAACGAGUGCACUGGCAGCAGGCAUGGUGAACCAGCUGAAGAUCGCAGAUGCUCGCAGUGAGAGUAGCAAAAGCAUCAUACAGGAUGAGGAAGAGAAAACAGGAUUGGGGCGGUGUGGCUGGAUAUUGUUUCUCAUUUCUGUGCUGUUCACAUUGGCUACUUUUCCUAUAUCUAUAUUCAUGUGCAUAAAGAUUGUGAAGGAGUAUGAACGAGCUGUUAUUUUCAGACUGGGCCGUAUUGUGGAUAGAAAACCUAAAGGACCGGGCAUUUUCAUUGUGGUACCCUUCACAGACACAUUUGUGAAAGUGGACAUGCGCACCAUCUCCUUUGAUAUUCCACCACAAGAGAUUCUGACCAAAGACUCAGUCACUGUGUCUGUGGAUGGAGUAGUGUACUUCCGAGUCAGCUGCCCUAUUUCCUCGGUGGCUAAUGUCUCCAAUGCCAACUCUUCUACCCGGCUGUUGGCACAAACCACACUGAGGAACGUUCUGGGGACCAAGAACCUUUCAGAGCUUCUUUCUGACCGACAAGGCAUCUCACUGAGCAUGCAGGAGUCUCUGGAUGAAGCCACAGAUCCAUGGGGCAUCAAGGUGGAGCGUGUGGAGAUUAAGGACGUGAAGCUUCCCCACCAGUUGCAGAGAGCUAUGGCCGCAGAGGCAGAGGCAACAAGGGAGGCCAGAGCUAAGGUGAUUGCUGCUGAGGGGGAGAUGAAUGCCUCUCGGGCGCUAAAGGAGGCAUCUCUCGUCAUCGCAGAGUCUCCCUCUGGACUUCAGCUGCGCUACCUGCAGACCCUCACCUCCAUCGCAGCCGAGAAGAACUCCACCAUCAUCUUUCCCCUGCCCAUGGACAUGAUGCAGCAGUUCGCUCGGAAGAAUUGAUGGGAUGAAGAUGCAGAAAUAAACUGCUGAAAUAGGUGCCACUUGUUGUUCAUUACAUUUUAAUACGCAAACACAAAGUGCAACAUGGACAGACAAUGGGGCCCUUAGUCAUUUCAUCACAAUGGCCAAUAUGUCAUCCUCUAAGCUAGUGUUGGUUCAAAUCAGAAUAUGUUUUAAAACAGGUUUUAAAUUCAAAUACAGCAUUAAAUAGACAUGCGCUUCAUUUGAACGUAAUGCUGAAUCAAGGCUGACAUACAAAUUUAAUAGUCUGUACAUUAAAAACAACAGCAACAGUAAACAACAGCAAAUGAAUAGUGUAACAAUAAAUGACACAAUCAGCUUUGCUUUUUCUUAAUAUACAGCAACUCAGUUAUCUCAGUUAUGUUUGUUAGGGUAGAACAGACAUUCAGAAGUUGAUUACAUAGUUGUAUCCAUGGGACACGAAAGCUAUCAGUGCAGUUUCAGUACCU